AAUAGCUUAGAAAGCACCACUGAUAAUACUUUCAAAAAAAAAAAAUCUUUUGACUACUGAAUGAUUCACAUUUUAUCUAAUGGUCCAUGCAAUUGGACAAACCUGCAUAUACCAUUGCAUGCAGAAGUAUGUCACUGGUGUACUAUUUUAAAUAAAGAGGAAGGGCUGUGUGACGGUACACUGUUCAGGAAGUGUGGUGUCAAACUCUGACAGGGUACAUCCUGUGUGAGAAGUAAAAACCGAACUGAGCCUUGCAAUUUAGCUUUUCGGCUUUACACAGAGAGACUGUUUUCUGUGCCUAAAGUUCAGGUUCUGAAAGGAUGGAGGACACAUUACUAAAUGUGUUUGUCGUGGUUGUCAGUCUGCUUCUCUCGAAGGAUCCCAAUGUCUUUCAUGACCAAGAUGACAACAUCAUUGUGAGCAUGCAAGAGCAUGAGCACUUUAUCAUGAAGGAGGGGGCAAAGCUAGAACAAGGGGAGCAUGAUGUUGCCAUGGAAGAGUCACAAAGUCAUCACAGGGUGCCGAUAGGAGAGGGGGACACGUCAGAUGUUCAACAAAUUACACCAAAUGUCAAGACCACUAAGCUGCAUGAGGAGCAAAUAUCCCCAGUCGGAGAGCAAAAUGACUUCCGCCAAAAGGCAUUUGCACCAGAUGACCAGGAAAUAUUAGAUGUUGACACAGACAAACGGACAUUGUCUAUGCCAAAGGAAGGCCUAACACAUGAGCAUGUCAACAUGGACCAGUCGGGGCCCACUGUAGACCAGAAUGUCUCUCAGGGGGAUGCGGCUCAGCUGGAAAAGCCACAAUCGGACCGGACUGACACCCAUCAGGAACAUCAAGCUGAUCAGGGAUUAAACCAAAGGUUGACAAUGAUAACUCGAGGGAAACAAUCUAGUGACCAAGAGGACACCUACACUUGGUACCUCUGGAAGACACUCUCCUUGAUUUCAUUUUUUCGUAUUUUGAAAAUGUUCCUCAGAAAGGGUUCCAAGCUGCAAAGGAAGAAACCAAGAUGCUUGAACAUCUCCCAGGUUUCUGAUCUUGAUUCCAAGACCUUAACUAGCUUCCAUAACCAGUGUGUCCUGGUUCCACCCAGUCACAGUUGGCAAACUUGUGAGUUUGUGGAGGGUUUUGUGAACGACCUGCUGGAAGCUGUGAGGACUACAUGUUCAGAAAUGGAGGUUGAGAACUUUGUUGGCGUUGGCAGCUUAUACGAGCAAUGGGCUUCAAGAAAGAGCAUCGAGUGUGACAUCCAUGUACCCAUCGUCCCUCCAAAGCCUUAUAGCUUCGAGUUUGAGCUUUUGAAAGAAAGUAGAGGUUCUUCAACCAUCCAGUACUGUUGCAAAGUCAAGAUGACCAAAGGAAACACCAGUUUAGCCAGCUGUCCUUGCAACAAUACCAGCCUAGAUGACGAUGAUACAUUGUGUCUUAUACAUCCGGAUAAAAAAGAUCAUGUAACUGAAAGCAACAUAAAUGACCUUCUAUGCCAAGAGAACAGCUCGUAUCUUGCUAAAACACAUGUUGUGAAGUGGUUUAAGACAGCCAUUAGGAAAGCAUGGGAUGAGAUCAGCCACAAGUAUGAGUUUGAGCUAAUAUUCCAGAAUAGGGAAAACCCUGGAAGUCUCAAAGUUCGGUUCAGGUCAGGUCGGGUCAUUCUGUUCAAACUAACACCUGUAGUCAGAUUUAAAGACUCGGAGGUACAUCUGAUCCCAUAUCCACCCUCUACCAUAGUUUCUGACACCCAUUGGCCCAUAUGUUUUACGCGUUAUGAAAAUGCCCUUCUUCAACACAUAACCAAUUCACUUCCAAGCAACGCAUGCCAUCUUCAUUGUCUACAAAUUCUUUCUUUUCUACACAAUUACCAAACUGGCCUGACUGGACCAUGUGGGAUAACAAGUUACCACUUGAAGAACACACUAUUACAUCUUCUGGUCAACAAAUCCUUAUCUUGGGACCCUGAGCAGAUGGCUUGCAGACUUAAUGAUCUGCUGACUUUCUUACAGCAAAAACUCAAAGCUAAAUCACUUAACCACCCUCUGGUUGGGAAUGGUCUCAUUCCUAAUGAGAUUGGAUUUCCAGAAGAGUUCAGAGAGGGAAAACCGGUUAACUUGUUUCUGCCAUUAUUGUCUAAUGAGGAGUUAUACUUUAAAACAAACAGACACUUACUGGAGAUGAUUAGAAAUAUGCCAGUGCUGAUGUACGAAUAUGGAUCAAUUACAAACACUUAAUUUUUUGAGAUACUGUGCCAGAAAUGUGUAAAUGUAUUUUUGUUCAGGCGUUUUCAUUCCAUAAUGCAUUCGCUCUCUGGGUGACAAAUGUUAAAAAGACAAUAAUUUGUAACUUCACUUUAUCACAUCAACUUCACAAGGCAUAUACACAAAAUUGGCAUUUUAGAGUAUCUUAAGAUAUCUGCAAAAAAAAAAAAAAAAAAAAAAACACCCCAAACUAAUUUUUUUUUCUA